AUGAAAAUCCAGUGCCCCGAAAUCAAAAUCACGCUAACCAAUGGUGGGGAGCUUAUACUCUAUGAUAGCAAAAACACAGAGCUUUGGAAGGCUUCUUCAAGUUCAACCAAUAAUAACAAACCCACUUGUGCUGCUAUGCUUGACUCAGGCAACUUUGUGAUUAUAAACGAGGAUUCUACUCCAGCGUGGGAGAGCUUCAAUGAGCCUACUGACACAAUCUUGCCAGGCCAGACAUUAAAAAUAGACAACCCCCUCAAAUCUCGCCAAUCAGACACAAAUUUCACCAACGGGCGGUUCCAGCUCCAUAUGCAGGGCGGAUACAUUUAUGUUGAACGAGGGAAUCAAAAUGUAUUCAAUCUCACACAAAAAGGUGGGGGUUCGAGCCAUGAUAAUUAUCUGAUAGCCAGGAUUGAUUAUGAUGGUGCAUUUAGACUAUAUAAGCAUCCGAGAAAUAGCUACACCACAGGCGUUGGAAGCUGUAGUUCAUCCUGGUCUGCCUUUGAAACGUAUCCACCAGACGUGUGCAUGAUCAUGGGAAGUCUAGGCAGUGGGGCUUGUGGAUUCAAUAGUUAUUGUGUCAAUGAUAAUGGGAGGCCAAAUUGUUCGUGCCCCGAAGGGUACUCUUUCUUGAAUCCAUUUGACCGUAAGAUGGGCUGCAAACCAAAUUUUCAAUUGCCUAGCUGUCAAAAAGAUGGAUGGGAAACAAAUUUUGAUCGUAUAGAAUUCAAAGAAUUGAAUAGCACAGAUUGGCCCUUGGCAGAUUAUGAACUUCAGACCGGGGUAGAAGUUGAUAAGGAGACAUGUAAACGGUAUUGCCUCAUUGAUUGUUUCUGUGCAGCUGCGAUCCAUAAUGGGAAUAAUUGUUGGAAGAAAAAAUUUCCUCUUUCCAAUGGAAGACAAUCUUCAGAUGUUAAUAGAACUGCUCUGAUCAAGGUACCCAUAGGAGAUGCAAAUCAAUGGCAAUAUAAAAAAGACAAGUCCACAUUGAUCCUUGUCGGGUCACUCCUACUUGGCAGCUCUGUAUUUCUUAAUUUCCUUCUGUUGUUAGCUGUAUCAGUGGCGGUUUUCAUCUCGUAUCAUAAGAAAAUGCAGGAUUUGCAGCCUGGUAUGAACACGUUUGGGAUGAAUGUAAGAAGGCAAAUUAACUAUUCAAUGAAGCCAUUAGCUGUUUGA